AUGUACACGGCCUUUCACAGCAAGAGCGAGAACCAGCGUAGCCAACUCUGCUGGACCACCACGUCGUCGUCCAUUGGCGGCGACGAUCCGUGGCCACGAAAAGAGGCUGACGCACUCCACCUCGAGGUUGUGCAGACGCUACGCUCCCACGCCCGGCCAAGCCUUGUCUCGCAGAUAACACCACCACCACCACGGUGUGCCUCAGUACGCGCCUACUACCGCCGCCACCGCCGUCAACUGCUCUGGCUCCUCCUCUACACGGUGGGCAACGCGGCCGCCUUUUGCUUCAAGACGAUCCAGUACCCCAAGGACGCGGUCGUCGGCUACGGACUCACGAUUGCCCGCGGGUGUGCGCAGGUCGUCAUGCUCAACAGCCUCCUCGUACUGCUUCCGCUCUGUCGCUCCGUCUUUGCCCUCGUGCGGCUCGUGCCGGUUCUCUCGUACUAUGUGCCGAUCGAGCAAGCCUUGGUGUUCCACAAGCUCUCGGGCAGCGUGCUUCUUCUCGCGGGCCUCGUUCACGUCGGCGCACAUGUGGGCAACCUUGCCUUCUUUUUCACCCUCCCGCGACCCGCGGACGCGGACGCGUCGUACGUCAAGGCCAUGAUCCCGCUGCUCCGAGACGCUACAAAAACGUGGCCAGCACUAGGAAUGCUGUGCACGUCGCUGCCGUUUUGGACGGGCGGCGCCAUGCUCGUCAUUGUCACCGUCGCCGUGCCUUUGGCCGUCCUCCCAUGCGUUCGGCGGCGGCACUUCAACGUCUUUUGGUACAGCCACCUCUUGUUCCUCCUCUUUCUCGUCUUGCUCUCGUUUCAUGGCGCCACGUCAUGGUUCAGCACGGCCCAAUCGUAUCUCUGGAUAUGGCCGCCGCUUUGUGUGUACCUUCUCGAGCGGCGAGUCCGCGUCGCCAAGCGCGCGAUCGACGCGGUGCGUAUCUCGGACGUGGUUCGCUUCCGCGACACGCUGCGGUUGCGCCUCGUCAAGCCCAAGAGCUUUGCCUUCGUACCCGGCAUGUUUGUCUACGUCAACAUCCCGAGCCUCGCGGCGUGCGAGUGGCACCCGUUCACACUCACGUCGGCCCCCGACGACGCGUGGCUCUCGCUGCACAUUCGUGUCGCCGGCGACUGGACAUUGGCGCUCUACAACCGUGACCUGCUUCCGAACGAGAUGCUGUUUCUCGAUGGACCUCUCGGCGCGCCCGCAGUCGCAUACCGCGAGUACGCGACGAUCGUGCUCGUUGGCGGCGGCAUUGGGAUCACACCGUUCAUCUCGAUCCUUCGGGACCUUCUCCACGUGUGGAACCGCCACCAGUGCGUCGCCUGUGACCACCUUGUGCACCCGCCGUCGUGCGUGACGCAGCGCGUCCAUUUGUUCUGGGUCGCGCGCGAAGAAGAGUCGUUCGAGUGGUUCCACGACACGAUGCAGGACGUUGCGCGACUUGACGUCAACGGUAUUGUCGAUGUGCAGUGCUUUCUGACUGCCAGUGACGCCAUGGCCGUCACGACAACCGCGCGCCAAGUGGUGCACCGCGGCCGACCGUCGUGGCCGCAUGUUUUUCAACGUCUAUCGGUUGCACAUGCCGAUGACACGAUCGGCGUCUUCCACUGCGGCGCCAAGACGAUGGCGCGCGACGUCCGAGCUGCGUGCGCGAGCUACAGCAAUGCAACGACCCACUUUUCAUUCCAUGCCGAGCAGUUUGAGUAA